CCAGGGGAAGCAAACGAACCAAAAUAGCGUGCCUUGCCUAGUUGCCUUCCCCUGCUUCCCUCCUUCCCACUCCAAGAACAAACGCCCGCCCGCCCGCCCGCCCGCCCGCACGAGCUCUCUCGCCUCCCGUUGCUGCGGGCCUAGCGCCGCGCCGCCGCCUCCGAACCCCGCCCUCGUGCGGCCGACGCCCUCCCGCCUCGGCUGCCGCCCCAUCCGGCGCGCCCCCGCCGCCCCCUGGAUCAACGCGAGAUCCCCUGCGCGCGCGCGCUGCCCGGCGGCGUCCACAUGGAGGCGGGAGGCGGGCCCACGCUGCAGUCCCUCCUGUGCCUCGCGUGGCUCGCCGCCAUCCUUCCCAUCGUCGCCGCCGCGCUGCCGAUCCCCGCAGCCGCCGGCGGCCGCCUCGUCCAGCGCCUGCUCUCCGCCUUCUCCGCCCGCGGCAAGACCUCCUCGCCCAAGGCGAAAUUCACUGUUCCGCAAAAAUUCUUCUUGCAUUUUUAUGUGGUGGGCGUGGUCAUGACAACAGGAUUGCUGCUUGCAAUCUGGUUCUAUGCAUAUAUAAAAAUGACAACAGUGUUGCCGGAGCCAUCAAGUUACUCCACAAUUGCCAGCAAUCUUGUUGGUGGGUCAAAUUCGUUCUCUUUGGGUAAUGUCUGGUCGAGCCCCAUGGAGCACAAGUAUCGUGUAUGGCGGACUGUAUUUGUACUUUUACUGAUGGAAAUCCAGGUUUUGAGACGCCUGUAUGAGACUGAACAUGUAUUCCACUACAGCCCUUCAGCUCGGAUGCACAUCAUGGCAUAUCUGACUGGUCUUUUCUUCUAUGUGGCUGCACCUUUAUCUCUUGCUAGCUCUUGUAUUCCUGAAGCAAUGCAGUAUCUUCAAGGUCAAAUAGCUGAAUUCAUAGUAAAGGGUCGUGCAAGAAUGCCAGAUCUAGUAAUUGAUUCGUCAUCUCUCCUAAGGCCUCUUCUAAAGUUGGGGUGGUGCCAAUGGAUAGGUGCUGUUAUUUUCAUUUUGGGAUCGCUCCAUCAGAUGCGUUGCCAUGCAAUUCUUGGAUCAUUGCGUGAACACAAAGAUUCUGAUGAAUAUGUUAUUCCUUGCGGUGAUUGGUUUAGUCGCGUGUCUUGCCCUCAUUACCUUGCUGAAUUAGUAAUAUAUUUUGGCAUGUUGAUAGCUAGUGGUGGAUCAGACAUUCCUGUGUGGUUCGUUUUCCUUUUUGUGAUUACAAACUUGUCCUUUGCAGCGGUACAAACUCAUCGAUGGUACCUUCAGAAGUUUGAAGAUUACCCUCGUUCUCGCUAUGCCAUUAUUCCAUUUAUAUGCUAGUCAUCUCUAGAAAACGGCUCAGUUUGCUCAAGCAUUACCUAUUUGCCACAGCAAAUUGCAAAAAACGUAUCUUAUGUGUUUUCUAAUUUCAUCAGCUCGCACAAGUCCAGAGUGUAACGUAUAUUCAUGUAAAUGUGACAGUAUAGAAUUGUUGUAUUGUUUAGCUUAAGUAAUAUUCGUCACCCUUAAUGUACUUUUAGUGUUAUGUCUGCGGUUGUAGAUUAUGACACAGUUUGGUGAACAGCAGUAUUUAUUAACAGUUUUUAGCAUUGGAAAUAAAGUUAUUCCAGAACA